AUGUCCGGUGCAGAAGUUCUUGGUAUUAUUUCUGCUGUGAUUUCCAUCAUCGAUGCUACGAUCCAGCUCAGCAGUGCUAUUAAAGACGAAGCUGGUCUACCAUCUAACUUCAAAACGGUAGCAGCAAAAUUGCCUCUGAUUGCAAAGCUUCUCGAUGAUGCAGAGCGAUAUGUUGAAGAGGAAGCAAACGACGAUCUCACAUCAACUUUCAUACCCGUCUUAAGAGACUGUGAAGAGAAAGCUACAAAAUUAAAGGUAUUGUUUGAAAAGGUUGUCCCGGCCAACGGUGACUCGAGGGCCGGCCGGUAUAUCAAAGCUGCUCGAACCAUCGGCAAGGGUGGUCGCGUGGAGACCCUAAUGAAAGAAAUUCUUGAUAGCCUACAGCUUCUUACGACCAUAUUCCCGAAGGUUACAUCUCGAAGAGGACUGGAAAACUUGACAAAAGCGAUUGAGGAAGUAGGUGAGAUGAAGCCAUCCCUACCUGACGGAUUUGAAGACGCAGCGACGUAUACACACUACGGUAGCGGUGCCCAGAACGUCAAUACUGGAGUUGGGAGCCAAUAUAACAACAAUAGUACAGGAAAUCAGAAUAAUGGUCCCGGUAUUCAGUACAUUGGCACCAAUCAUGUCGGCCCAAUCCACAACCACUAUCUCGCCGAAGGUAAGCUCCAACGAUGCGUUAAUUUAAUUGCUUAUAUUGACAAAUGA